AGCCCAAAACAAGGAGUGCCUGGAAUCUAAAUGCGUUAUGCUCCAACAACCGGAAGCAUUUUGAAUCGGCAAAAAUGUUGUUUUAAAUUCGUGGAUAUUUUAGCAGAUUUCUACAAUUUCAGCUAAAGAGACAUUACAAAUAUUAUACGGUAAAAUGGCGAACAUACCGAAGGAAGUGUAAGAGUCUGGCUUGAUAUAAACCAACCAUCACCAAGUCAUCCCUGUCUCUAACAAUCAAGAUGAGUGAGGGUCGCAAGUCUCAAAUUGUCCUAUUGGAUGAGCGUCACCUCGAUAUCCUUGUCCAACCAAAGCUAGAGACGGGUGAUCUCUUAGACAUGGUCGCGUCACAUUUCAACCUAAAAGAGAAGGAUUACUUCGGAUUAGCAUUCCUUGAUGAAACGUGUCAUUUUCAGUGGUUAGCAUUGGACCGCAAAGUUUUAGAAAAUGACUUUCCACGUAAAUCAGGGCCAUUGACCUUAUAUUUUGCAGUAAGAUUUUAUAUUCCCAGUAUAUGCGGGUUAGCCUAUAACUCAACCAUAGAGCUCUUCUACCUGCAGGCCAAACAGAACGUCUUCAAGGGUGUUGUCGAGUGUGACAGUGACACAGCAUUUGAGUUAGCAGCCCAUGUUCUUCAGGCAUCAGUUGGAGACUACACAGAUGACCAAGCAGCUAAACUAGAUCUGAAGAAACUUCCAAUAUUGCCAACCAGUGCACUACAGGAACAUCCAUCUAUACAGUUCUGUGAGGAUCAAGUCAUAGCACAAUAUAAGAAACUUGCCGGACUUUCUAGGGGGCUUUCCAUUGUAAAUUAUAUGAAUAUAGUGGAGAGUCUACCAACAUAUGGGAUACAUUACUACGAAGUCAAGGACAAGAAUAGCAUUCCAUGGUGGUUGGGUCUCAGUCAUAGAGGCAUAGCUCAGUAUGACCACAAUGAUAAAAAGACUCCAAGACGGGUAUUUGCAUGGAAACAUCUAGAAAAUCUUUACUUCAGAGACAAGAAGUUUUCAAUCGAGGUUCAUGAUCCAAAAAGAAUCGUACAUACGAUAAGCAGUUUUAAUCUUUACGAGGACGCCAUCCAAGAACCUAUCGAGGAAUUUGACGAUCUUUGUGACGCAAUCUCUGAUCCAACUACACAGGUUUCUGUGAGCAGACGGACAUUCGGACCUGGUAACGUGAAUGUUUAUGCGUGGUUUGCAUCUACUCCAAACCUUACAAAAUGUAUAUGGCAGAUGGCAGUAGACCAACACAAGUACUACUUGGACAGGAAACAAAGCAAGGCUAACCUCCCCUCUGUUCGAAGCAUGAGUGAGAUAGCUGCUGAUUUAUCCAUAAGUACCACGUCAUUAGCCGCAAGUAGCGCAUCGGGUGACAAUCUAAGUCGCAACGGAAGCUCGACCAGUUUGCCAAAAAUAUCAAGUUCAUCACUAUUAGAGUUAAGCAUAGAAGAAUCUGAAACCACUAAGGCAGCACAGAGAGACAUGUAUGCUGCUCUAAAGGCUCGUAAAGAGGCCUUAGAGGAGGCCCUGAGGAAGAAAACUGAGGAAUUGAAGUUAUUAUGUAUAAAAGAGGGAGAGAUUACGGGGAAGCUACCCAAAGAAACCCCCCUUAACCCCGAAGACCCAGUGCCUGUUAUUAGACGCAGGAUUGGGACAGCAUUUACUUUGUCACCAAAGUAUAUUAAUUCUGAUAAAAACACAAGCAAGGAAGAAGAUGCGCUGAAUUCUAUGGAACUUCAUUUUGAGAUUCAAGCCAAGAUCACUAGUGCUGCACACAGACUGGCUCAGGAACCUGCUGUGAAGAGUAUGAGAAAGAAACGCAAGCAAACCUACCAGAAGUCUCACAUGAAGUUAAAAGAACUAGAGAAGAAAUUGAAUGCUUUACGCCUGCAACAUGGCAAAGAUCAGAUCACAAUCCAGUCUUCAGUAGAAGACCUGAGUGCAUCCGAGGACAGUAUGAUUGAUAGUGAAACUGAAUACGCCAGUCCUGUACCUUCUCCAUUGGUCAGACGACAGGUCAAGGAUGCACAAAAGGUCAAGGUCGUGACCUCACCUCAGGUGGAGGUUGUUGAAAUCCAACAACAACGACAGAUGCAAGAUAAUCAGCGAAGGGGCGAUGACAUUGACAUCCCAAGACGGGAGGAUAUCUCCAGACAAAGGG